UUCAGCCCAACGGCAACAUAGUGGUGGCUAAACGUGUGGACCGCGACCAGCUUUGCCCCACAUUCGCUGCAUCCGAUCCGUCCAACGAGGCCGCCAUCACAUCCAGUCGUCAACAACGUGACUUCCAGCAUGGCCGACUCGACUGGCCCUGGGCCCUACAAUCGGCCAGAGGCUGGAAACGGCGUCUGCGACGUUCUGUUGUCGGGAGUGAAUUCACGCAUGAUGCCGUCUCCAUGCCUUCGUCUCUGCCCACGUCCUCAGCCGCUC